AAAACGACGAACCCAAUCACGCGAGUGGCAUGCCCAACCGCUCCCACUCCUGCUAGGUUCCAAGUCUUGAGCUCCUCGAUUCGCCGGUUGUUAUUCCGGCCGAUACCGGCGAUCCUCACGAGCACGUGGUCCAGGAUCCCGCCUGCCGCCAUCCAUGGCCGCCUCCCUCUUCCGCCUCUCCCGGCCCCGCCGCGUGCUCCUCCCGUUCUCCGCCCUCCGCCUCCCUCUCUCCACCCAGCCCCUCCCGCAGCCCCGGGACCCGUCCUCCCCCAACUCCAACCGCGGCCUUCCCGCCUUCCUCUCCUUCCUCGCCGCCGCAGCCGCAGGCGGAACCAUCGCUUCCGUCGGUCUCUGCGAUGCCGGCCCAGACCACCGGGUCGGUGGGAAGGACAGCACCGAGCUGGUGGUGCGUGGGGAGCGCAAGCGCGUGCCACAGGAGUUCAUAGAAGAACUCGCGUCCUUCCUCGGGGAGAACCUGACGGUGGAUUAUGAGGAGAGGAGCUUCCACGGGACGCCGCAGAAUAGCUUCCACAAGGCAGUCAACUUGCCCGACGUCGUCGUCUUCCCAAAGUCCCAAGAUGAGGUACGCAAGAUUGUGAUGACUUGUAAUAAGUACAAGGUGCCAAUUGUACCAUAUGGUGGGGCUACAUCAAUUGAGGGCCAUACGUUGGCACCUCAUGGUGGCGUUUGCAUUGACAUGUCUUCAAUGAAGAAAAUCAAAGCCCUGCAUGUUGAGGAUAUGGAUGUUGUAGUUGAACCAGGAGUUGGAUGGAUUGAGCUGAAUGAAUACCUGAAACCCCAUGGUCUCUUUUUCCCUCUUGACCCAGGACCUGGAGCCACUAUUGGUGGAAUGUGCGCUACACGAUGUUCUGGUUCAUUAGCCGUGAGGUAUGGAACUAUGCGGGACAAUGUAAUCAAUCUUCAGGCUGUUCUACCAGAUGGCGACGUUGUCAAGACCGGUUCUCGGGCUCGAAAGAGUGCAGCUGGAUAUGACCUAACUCGGUUGAUCAUUGGAAGUGAAGGGACUUUAGGGGUAAUUACAGAAGUGACUUUACGACUUCAAAAGCUUCCAUCUCAUUCCGUGGUUGCUAUGUGCAAUUUUCAAACUGUUAAGGAUGCUGCUGAUGUUGCUAUUGCAACAAUGCAUUCUGGCAUACAGGUCUCGAGAGUGGAAUUGUUGGAUGAGGUUCAGAUAAGGGCAAUAAACAUGGCAAACGGUAAAAGCUUGCCUGAAGUGCCGACCUUGAUGUUUGAAUUCAUAGGGACAGAGGCAUAUGCACUUGAACAAACACUGUUGGUUCAAAAGAUUGCUGCAGAGCACCAUGGUUCUGAUUUUGUUUUUGUGGAGGAGUCCAAUGCUAAAGAGGAACUGUGGAAGAUCAGGAAGGAGGCACUUUGGGCUGGUUUUGCCAUGAAACCUGAUCAUGAAGCUAUGAUAACGGACGUUUGUGUUCCAUUGUCUAGACUUGCAGAAUGCAUAUCUGUAUCUAAGCAACUACUUGAUGCGUCACCAUUGACUUGUUUGGUUAUCGCCCAUGCCGGUGAUGGAAAUUUCCACACAAUUAUCCUAUUUGAUCCAAGUCAGGAGGAGCAGCGAAGGGAAGCAGAGAGACUAAACCAUUUCAUGGUUCAUACUGCUCUGUCUAUGGAAGGUACAUGCACAGGAGAGCAUGGUGUUGGCACAGGGAAAAUGAAGGCAGUACCUAGAGAAGGAGCUGGGGAUGGAGUCACUGAGGACGAUGAAAAGGAUAAAGGCCACGCUGGAUCCCAACAACAUCAUGAAUCCAGGAAAGCUCAUCCCACACCACGUCUGCAUAUGACCAACCACGUGCCUGAUCCCAUGUCAGUGGGUUUGGUUGUUCAAGUUUGUCGUGGUGCCGCCACUAAAUGCGUCCAUGAAACCUUUGGAUCUGUUACAGCCUUACCAAAGGACACGAACAUAUACAUGUUUUUUCUUUCAAAAUGACAGCCAUCCUGCAUUCAUUAAGAAGAAAAGAGUUGCUCAGUUAAUUAGAAAAAACAAGCUAAAAUCAGAUUGCCCAGUUAAUUAUGGAAAACUGGACGAA